AUGCUGUGUGUGUCAGCUGAUUUGCCUCAGGCUGGAGGCUGGACCAGAGACUGUAAGGACCACAGAGUGUGGCCGAGGAGGGUGCGAGCGGAGAUCCUCAGCUGGAUUGACCUCACCUCCCCCGGGGCUGGCAUCAUGACCGCGGGGCGCCGGUGGCAGUUCGCCUGUGGGCUCCUGGCUCUCGUCUUGUGCCUCUCUCCGUCUGCGGAGAACGCUGACUCCUCAAUAAGCAACACUGGAACAGAACGCAGUUUGGAGAAGAGAAUACCCUUUGAAAACCUUACCAAACCUCAACGCUAUAAGACCGCUGUACCUCUACUCAUGAAAGGAAAGGAGCGAAGACCUCUGAGCCAACUUCAAAUCAAGGGCUACCCUUUGUCACUGCAGCUGCUGGUGGAGGUGGAAGGGAGAGAGCUGAGCCUGUCCCUGGUGAAGAAUGAGGGACUGUUCGCGAGUCAUUACACAGAGACACAUUACCGGGAGGAUGGAAGCGCAGUCACGGCUGCUCACAACUUUACGAAUAACUGCUACUACCACGGGGAGGUCCAGGGCCAGCCAGACUCCGACGUCACCCUCAGCGCCUGCUCCGGUCGUCUGCGGGGUUUCAUCUCACUUCAGAACAAGACAUUUAUCAUAGAGCCAGCGCCGGACCACCACACGGACCACCACUUCAUCUACAGAGGGGAAGAGCUCAGGCUGUCGGCAGGCUCCUGUGGUCACCUCUCCAAUAUGUCUGCCCCGUCGUCCCCGGAAACCAUCACAAACACCGUCCAAUCCUUCCGCACAAGGCACAAGCGGCACGCCCAGAAGUCCACCAAGUACGUGGAGCUGAUCAUCGUGGCCGACAACAGAGAGUUUCAGAAGCAGGGGAAAGACGUGGAGAGAGUGAAGCAGCGGCUGGUGGAGAUAGCGAAUUAUGUAGACAAGUUCUACCGGGCCCUGAACAUCCGCGUGGCUCUGGUGGGUCUGGAGGUGUGGAGCGACGCUGACAAAUGUCCCAUCACCCAGGACCCCUUCACCACGCUGCACGAGUUCCUAGACUGGAGGAAAGUCAAGCUGCUGCCACAGAAACCUCACGACAACGCUCAGCUCAUCAGCGGGGUCUAUUUUCAGGGCACCACCAUCGGCAUGGCCCCCAUCAUGAGCAUGUGCACCGUGGAGCAGUCUGGAGGCAUCGUGAUGGACCACUCGGACAACCCCCUCGGUGCUGCCGUCACGCUGGCCCACGAGCUGGGACACAACUUCGGGAUGAACCACGACACUCCGGAGCGCGGCUGUGGCUGUCGUAUGACCGUGGACCGAGGAGGCUGCAUCAUGACCCCCUCCACAGGGUAUCCCUUCCCCACCGUGUUCAGCACCUGCAGUAAGAAGGACCUGGCUGCCAGUCUGGAGAAGGGCGUGGGCAUGUGUCUGUUCAACAUGCCCGAGGUCAAGGUGCUCUAUGGGGGACAGAAGUGCGGCAACGGCUACGUGGAGGAGGGCGAGGAGUGCGACUGCGGAGAGCCUGAGGAGUGUUUGAAUCCUUGCUGUAACGCCACAACCUGCACUCUGAAGGGAGACGCCGUGUGUGCCCAUGGACAGUGCUGUGAGGACUGCAUGCUCAAACCGGCCGGGACCCUGUGUCGAGAGUCUAGUAACUCGUGUGACCUCUCGGAGUUCUGCACUGGUGCGAGCCCCCACUGCCCCGCCAACGUCUACCUCCAUGACGGUCACUCCUGCCAUGACGUGGAGGGCUACUGCUACAACGGCAUCUGUCAGACGCACGAGCAGCAGUGCGUGACGCUGUGGGGACCAGGAGCCAAGCCGGCGCCCGGAAUCUGCUUCGAGAGAGUCAACUCUGCCGGAGACCCUUAUGGGAACUGCGGGAAGGAUUCCAAAGGCUCUUUCGCCAAAUGUGAGGCAAGAGAUGCCAAGUGCGGUAAAAUCCAGUGCCAAGGAGGAGCCAAUCGUCCCGUGAUUGGAACCAAUGCUGUCUCCAUAGAAACCAACAUCCCGCUGCAGGAGGGGGGCCGUAUCCUCUGUAGGGGGACCCACGUGUACCUGGGAGACGACAUGCCGGACCCCGGGCUGGUCCUGGCCGGAACCAAGUGUGGAGACGGGAUGGUGUGUCUGAACCGCCAGUGCCAGAAUGUGAGUGUGUUUGAUGUGCACGAGUGCUCGGGGAAGUGCAACGGACGUGGGGUGUGCAAUAAUAAAAAGAACUGCCACUGUGAGGCGCUGUGGGCUCCUCCGUUCUGUGAAAAGGCGGGGUUUGGAGGCAGCGUGGACAGUGGACCAAUGAGACUGGCAGCGGACAGCGUGGUGGUCACCGUGGCCGUGCUGGUCACCCUCCUCAGCCUCGUGCUGGUCACCGCCCUGCUCUUCGUCAAGAGGAAGACUCUGCUGCGCCUCUUCUUUCACAACAAGAAGAGCACUCUGGAGAAACUGCGAUCUAUGGAAACGGGAAGACCAAUCAGCCCCAUCAGAUCCCAGUCCUUGUAUCGACCUAAAGCGCUGCGUAAACCUCCUCCCAAACCGUCGGCCGCUAAUAUUUACAAGGUUGAGAUUGUUGACAGCACCAGGUGA